GAGUAUGGUGGUGAUGGAGAGCUCGAGCCUGUCAUAUGGGGACAAAGAUAUCUCCAAUGUGACGAAGACAUUCCCCUGCCUAAGCUGCGCUUGGUUAGCGAUGGUGACAUUUGGCCGGCAGCUCCCCAGAAGGAGGAAUGGAACUUGUUGCCGGAGAUGCCCGUGAGGCAUCAAUCGUCGAA